AACACAGCGGCUCAGAGACUUUCUGCAUGUGUUUGGACACCGAUCACUUCAACCUUACCGAUCACACCGAGGUUACCGAUCAUUUUAACGUGAACCAGUCUGCACAGCGGAUCCUCUUCCUCCUCUUCCUCCGGUCUGCAGGAUGCAUCAAUGUCUGAUCCUCGCUGUGACUCUGAGUCUGACUGCAGCUGCAGGUUUCACUAGAGUCAACUACAGGAGAGUCACCAACGCCAAGAUUUUGGGAUUUGACUGGAAGAACUGCGGGAAGCCCGACGAUCCAGCUGUGUUGAAGAAUCUGAGCGUGUCUCCGGAUCCCAUCUCCAUCCCAGGUGACCUGACGGCCUCCGCCGCCGGAUCCACGUCUGUCGAGCUGACCGCUCCUCUGUCCGUGAAUGUGACUCUGGAGAAGGAGGUGGCAGGUUUCUGGGUGACAGUUCCCUGUUUGGAGGAGAUAGGAAGUUGUCACUAUAAGGAUGCUUGUGAUGUUUUAAAUCAGCUGAUCCCACCUGGUCAGGACUGUCCUGAGCCGCUGCACACCUACGGUCUGCCCUGCCGCUGCCCCUUUAAAGCUGGCUCGUACUCUCUGCCCCAGUCAGACUUCUACCUGCCCCACGUGGAUCUGCCCUACUGGCUCACCAACGGGAACUACCGGGUGCAGGGCGUCCUGGGCAUGGAGGGGAACGAGCUGGGCUGCCUCAAAAUCGCUCUUUCCCUCCACUCCAACUAAAAACCAAACACCAGAGUCAGUUAGUGGGGAGAAGCUCAAGGAGUUUUUGUUUAUUUGCACAUUUAAAAAACGAUCAAAAAUUGGGAAAGAAGCUGAAGUUGCACAAAGUAUUGAAACGGAUAAACCUCGUUAAUUUUAAGAAAAGGACAAAAUGUGAUGACGAACACAAACAUUUCUUAUUUUAUACAUUAAGUUGCAGGUUGCUAAUAAUAGCUUAAUAGUAGCCAUUAUCAGAUCGUACAUUUUAUAAGCUUAUAUUGAAUCUCUUCUGCAAGGUUUAUUAGGCUUGGGCGGUAUCUACUCCUCAUACUUUCAUAGCUACCUGACAUUUCACCAGGUUUACGGUUUAUGAAGAUAUUUGUGUUUAAAAACAAACAAACAAACAAAUGCAUUUAGCCUAUUUAGACCAGUCUUGCUGGGUUUAAAUACUCAUGGUACAUAUACUAAUGAAACAAUACAUUAGACAGACACUGAUACCUUAGUGAGCUGAACGGAGAUGACGUGCUGGUAAAAUCAUGCAGCUAAUUAACUGCUUUUGUAGUUGGAAGCCGUCAUCUCAACAUAAAGUUAUAGGUGUUGAUAUAAAGCUGUUGUGGUGAAGGAGUGAUUCAGAGUGGCUCAACAGCACGGUAUGGAGUAUGUUAGUGUGAUUAUGUGUCAGCUGAAUGGAACAACAGUAUCUGUUGAACAGGGAAAACACUUUAAAUCAUGUUGUGGCAGGAAACAAUGUUUUCCUGCAGCUGAGUCUCCUUAAACCUGGAAUUUAUGAAUGGAGUCUGGCUGGACGCGUCUUCUAGAUGAUAUGACUGGUGGAAAAGUACUUUAUGACUACUCUUCAUCCACACUGUGACCCAGCAGAGUUUAAUCAUAUAUAUAUAUAUAACUGAAGCAAAGUAUUCAUACAGAUUCAUAAUUAGUCUCUAUCAAAUGUCUGCACAGUGAAUUCUAUCUACCCAGGAAAGACUGACCUCUGCCCUCUGGUGGCCGUUGCUGUGUACUACAACACAACAUCUAUUCAACAGUUUAAUAGAAAGUGGAGCUUCUGUAUUUUUGACACAUUGAAAAUCAAACCUUUGUGAUUUCUAAAUACCCUGAUAAACCAUAAUGCCUCGAUGCCACCCUAACGUUUAUCCACUUUAA